UCCCGAAAUCCCAUCGGUGGCUUAUUCGCCUCAUCGGCCGAACGCCGCCGAAGCGUUGCCGCGGCGGCGGCGGGCGGCGUGCUACCAUGGACCCGAUGGCCCCCUCGGUCGUCGGCCCGCAUCCCCGCGCCGUCGUGCGCCCGAGGUGUUUUUGUUCCAGCCACGACGCCUCCCUCGUCGAACGGUUGAGGCGCCGCCUCCGCACCGGGGCGUCUCGCUGCCCCCUCACCUCCUUAGCUGAGGAUAACUCAAAGGAUGAAAAGAAGCAAUACGGUUACAUGACCUGGGUUGAUCCAGAAUGGGAUGAUAGGGCCUUUGGUGUUCUGGUGAAGCUCAUGAAGAAGAAUGUGCAAGCUGAGGAGGAUGCAAAGAAUUGGGAGGAAGAAUUGGCAAAAGCUAACAGGGAGCUUAGAGAGAUUAGGAAUGAGAUCAAGACGGUGUGGUAACAACUUUAGAAGGCUACUGCCGAGCUGAAGUUCAUUGGGAAUUAUAGGCAUAAUGUCAAACUCACGCACAUGAUGCUUGCUUUAUUUGUGGUUGUCACGGGAUUGAUGCUUCGUGGCAAGGCUAAUUAAGUAGAUGGUGAAGUUCGUAGCUGCGGUGAACAAUCUUAACGUAGUUUCCUUUAUUUGUAUUUGUGAUGUUCCUAUGUAUGGUCAACCAUCUAGAUUUUGUCUGAAUUUGUCAAUGUGUCUCGAGGCACUUGUAAAAAAAAAGUUGUUUAUGAAGUUGUUUGUGUGUUUA